AGUUCACUUCAGGAGAUCCCCAGAGAUGCAGAGCGAAAACACCGACAUGCUUAACAGAAGAAAAUACAGGAGAUACUCCAAACAGAAGAUGACAUACCUGGCUCUGAUCGCCUAUGUCAUUCAGAACGCACCUGACAAAAGAUUAACGUUUUGCGAGUUAAUGAACACGAUGACGACAUUUGUGGACGGGGAUAGAAAAGGCCUUGAGAAUAAUAUCAGGGUUUGUUUAUCAUCAAACGAUUGCUUUGUAAAGGUGCCUAGAAAUCCAGAGUGCCCAAAUGCAAAACGCAAUUUUUGGAAAAUGGAUGACCGUAAAAUCACUCCAAAGAUGCUGCGACGACACUUCAGCAGUGUGCGUGAUGCCUUCCCUGACUUCUAUGACAACCUGGGAAUUCUCUCCUUGAAGACUGCUACAGCACAGACUCCCACAUGCAACGCAACUGAGUCUCAGAAGUUCACCAGCCCGUUUUCCAUAGAAUCACUUCUGCAGCGGGAGAGCAGCACCCCCUCGAGUCAGAGACCUGUCCAUGUUCCACACUUUACAGAUGUGUGUCCUGGUGUAGCAAAUGAAGACCAAGAUUUAUCAUACAAGAGGAAGACAUGGGACUACCCCAGUGAAAUUGAUUGUGCCAAUUUCAGCAGAUCGUAUUCGCACUUUUAUGCCCCUUACAAUUCUGUGUAUUCCCAUUGGAGGGUCGUCCAGAGGAUGUGCUCCGUUUCUGAACUGGCAUAUCAUGCAUCGGACAGUUCACUUCAAAUUUUGUGACCUGGGCCUACAUAUAA